GUAUGCUGCAUGUGCAUGCAGUCAGUGAGUGCAUUGGCUGCUGUGUCACACCACACGGCCCACACACAGACACUGACGAGUCGACAUCGACAACUAAGUAUUUUUAACGUUUUGAAGUUCGAACCCGAUGACACAAGAGGCGGAGAAAAAGGAGGCACUGGCAAUGAACAGAUUCUUAAUUUGGGAGCUGCACUUCUUAAAGACUUUAUCUAUGAAAGGGUUCGUCGGCAUGGCGACUGUGAUGCUGUGGUGACCCGGAGUCAGUUGGGUGGGGGGGAGGAGUUAAGUGACCCAAGCCAUAAACGACUUGCACAGUGUUUGCAGAAAAUUGGGGAUGAACUUGAUGGAAAUGUGCAGCUGCAAAGCAUGUUGAAUGACUCUGCACUUCCACCUACUCAAGACAUCUUCAUCAAAGUGGCCCGUGAGAUCUUCUCUGAUGGGAAGUUCAACUGGGGAAGGGUGGUGGCACUUUUCUACUUUGCAUGUCGGCUUGUCAUCAAGGCUAUUUCGACCAAGAUUCCUGACAUCAUCAGAACCAUCAUCAGCUGGACAAUGUCCUACAUUCAGGAGCAUGUUAUUAACUGGAUCAGGGAACAGGGUGGCUGGGAGGGAAUUCCCUCUUACUUUGGGACCCCCACAUGGCAGACUAUCGGGGUCUUCCUGGCUGGAGUUCUCACCACUGUGCUGGUGAUCCGCAAGAUGUGAAGACGAGGACAGAGAGGAAGGUGGAGAGCGAGAGAAGGGAAAGUUAGUCAGAGAGCAGAGGGUGAAACAGACCAGCAAAAGGGAACGAAAAGAUGAGGGGGGUAUGGAAUAGAAGAAUGAAGAGAGAGAUAGAGUUGAGGAAAGAGUGAUAGUCUAUCAUAAUGCAGAUGAAGAGCCACUCUUGUUACUCCUGAGCCUGUACCCUUUCUCAUCAACAAGCUUAAAUCUCUAUAAUAUUUGCACUGAAGAUGACUGAGAGCGAUUAAUGUACAGGAGUUAAUGUUUAGGUGUAAUUUUAGGUAUUUAUUUUUUGGGAAAUGGGUGUUUAGGUCAUAUAGGUUCAGAGAAUGGAUAUGUUGGGUAUUUGAUUUAAUUUAUUGAUAUAGUUUAAAUGUAUACCUUUAGGAUCCACCUUACAUACUUUGUUAGCAUUUUUGUAAGUCAAAUUGUGCAUAAUCGCAGUCAAAAUUUUAUUUGAUUAGUUUAUAAUUGCCCUGCAAGUGUUGAAUUAUUGUUAUUUAAAAAAUAUAUUUAUAUAUAUAUUUUUUUGGAAUGUACUGUCAUCUGAAAGGAAGGUAAUGGGCUCAGGGUGUAUUCUAUGGAUAUCUGAAUUUCUCCUCUCUUCCUUAUUCCUCCUUUCUUCUUUUCUUUGUUCAUGGUGUUUGCAACAGCAUUUGAGCAAUGGAAUGUGACACUGCAGCCAACCAAUCAACACUCUGGUUGCAGUAUCUGUCUAAGUUAAUUUGAGCAAUGAGCCCUAACUUUACAGGGAUGGACAAGACUAGACCCUUAAAUGCAUUAAACUUUUCUGAGCCAUGACGAUCGUGUUUUUACAUAACCAAAUAUUUUCCUUUUCAAAUAGUGUAGUUACCUGCCUGACUUUCCAAAGACAGGAAAAGUGCAGAUGUGAAUUAUUCAACAAAUGGAGACUUUAUGAAUAGCAGUUUGUUUUGCUCGAGCUGGUGCAAACGCUCAGUGUCUUAGGGAUUGUGUGCAUUUGUGAAACGCACAGACAGACUUUCAUCUCGGACUUACAGAGAGAUCGGUUGAGCUCUUCCCCUCAGUAAAGUCUUCUCAGUACUGUAUUUUUACUAUGGUUAGCCACACCCACAACCUACCUUUACUUGCAAUUGCUCUUUUUUUAAUCUUUCUUUCUGUUUUGGAUGAAGUAUCCAUUUCCUUUUUUUAUAGAUUUUUUUGGUUGACAGUGCCUUGGCCUUUUUAUGAUGCUAGCCACCACUUUUUCAUCUUUUUCUACAUCUUUGUAAAAUGGUAUGAAUUGUGCACCCUAAGGCAGUCUACUUGCUGUGAGCUCAUGAGUUUUUAAGAUGUAAAAUGAAAAAAUAAAUUGUUUUUAU